AUGCGACUUUCCCAAGCACAACCACAACUCUUUUCACUUCUCCUCCUCGCCCUCUCCCAUUCCUCACCAGUAUCCGCUAGUCCUCUCCCUAGAGAUGAACUCAACGAUCUCGGUUUGUCCUACCUCAUGGAACGAACCUGCGCUACCCCCUGCGGAGCAGAUGCCCAAUACUGUUGCGCAGCCGGCGAUGCCUGCUACACCUCCGCAGGCGACAUAGCAUACUGUUCGGCGUCCAGCACUGGAGGUUGGGCCGUUUUCACAACCACAUACACUGAAACCGGUUUACAUGUGGCAACCAGCACAUUCAGUUCGUACACGGCAGUCACCACCUCCAGCGGAAGCGCCGCCAUCUGCGAUACUGGUUUGGGUCAAACAUCUUGUGGACCUAUUUGUUGCGCUAGUGAUCAAAUGUGCGAGUAUAGCGGACAAUGCACCGCGAGAACUUCAGCUUGGACUUACACGCCUACUACUACUGGCACGUAUUCAGCACCAUUGCGUCCGACGAGCGGUGCAACGACCAAGACGGCUACAGUGAGCGCUACAACUACAGAGCCUUUUAUUCCUCCUGCUACUGCGAGCGGAAGUACACUCCCGCUUACGGGUGCCAGCUCGAAUAAUUUGAGUGCAGGCGCUAUUGCGGGGAUUGUCAUUGGCACCAUUCUGGGAGUUAUUUUACUCCUGCUUUUGUGUUUCUGCUGUGUUGUCAAGGGACUCUGGGACUCGUUCCUGGGAGUUUUUGCAGGCGGCAGAGGAUCGCGUAGACAAGGAGGUCGCGCUGUGAGAACAGAACGUAUUGAGACUGUAGAGCGAUAUUCGCGUCAUGGGUCUACGAUGGGUGGAACAGCGGCAGCAGCGGCUCGGAGAGAAGAACACACUGGAUUUUUCGGGGGUACUAAACCGAUGAGGGUGGAGGAGACGAGGAAGAAGAAGAGUAGUGGGAUGGGGGGCUUGGGUGCCGUGGGCGCGGGAUUGGUCGGUAUGGCCGUCUUGUUGGGUUUGAAGAGGAAGGAGGAUGAGAGGAGAGAUGAGAAGAUGAGGCCGGGGCCUACGACUACGGUGACGGAUAUUAGUAGUACUUAUUAUACGGAUAGUUAUACGGCGACGAGUGCUAGUUCCGAAAGCUCGGAUAGGAGAACGAGGAGUCCGAGAAGAGAUAGGAGUUCGAGGAGAUGA